CAUUUACAUUAGUGUGAUCAAUUCAUUGAUUGAACGUUUAAAUCCUGUUGAUUUGAACGUUUCGGACUGGUCAGUCAACUAAAAGAUCAAAGCGGACAUGCCUCCCAAAAGAAAUAAUAAAAAUAAAAGAAGAAGUCAGAACUUGGUUAAGCAAACAGUUGAAACUUCAAAAUCAUCUGAUCAAUCAUCUUCUGCUUCUUCUACUUCGAAUCUAAAUCCAGGCUAUCCUCUCAAUGAUAAUAAAACUAGUAAUCAAAGAGUAAGUGUUUUAUACAAUACUAAUGAGGAUUUAAAAGUACAGAAUGUGAAGGAAGAACCCAAAAGAAAAUUAUCUGUUGCUGAUACAAUUUCUUCAAUUGCCCAACAAUCGGCUCAUCAUACUGAAGAUUCUAUAUUAAGAAGAAACUCAACCUCGAUUCCGAGUCAAUCCGGAGAAGCAGAUCAAAUACAAGAUCAUGCUCAGGAAUUCCAGGAUCGUCAAGAUGACAAGGAUGCCAAAGAUGACAAGGAUGCCAAAGAUGACAAGGAUGCCAAAGAUGACGACGAAUCAGAAAACCGGUUCAAUAAACAAGAUUUACAACGUACUCAAAUGAUUGAACAAAAUACUUUUGAGAACUCAAUCAAAGAUCAUAAAUUGGAAUUUGAAGACGAAGGCGAGUCUAACUUAACGGAAGAAGAAAAAACUAUUCCGGAACUCUCACCAACUGCAGUUGAAGAUACCCAACCUUCUAUUCAUUCAGUGCUUAAUAUAAGCGACUCAAACCAAUUGAAUGCAGUUCUGGAAACACCUCCUCAAUUGAAUGAACAUCAUAACCAACAAGAGGAAGCACAAUCAAAUAAAGCACUAGAUGAAGAGCGCAGACCAGAACAUGAAUCAAAUGAAGUACAUGAAUCAAAUGAAAUACAUGAAUCAAAUGAAGUACAGGAAUCAAAUGAAAUACAUGAAUCAAAUGAAGUACAGGAAUCAAAUGAAAUACAUGAAUCAAAUGAAUUAAAUGAAGGAAAUGAAUCAAACGAAGUAAAUCAAUCAAAGGAUGACCCAUCAAAAUCUCAACAAUUACCUUGGGACUCUGAAAAUCAACAGCCUCAUGAAGCAGAAUCACAGUUUCCUUGGAAUCAGCCUCUGAUUUCUCAAGAAGAACGCUUCCCCUUUGAAAAAAAUCAAGUUCCUUCCUUGCCUGACGAACAUUUAAUUAAUGACGAUUCAAAAACCAGCCUCGAGGAAUUUAAAAAAGAUGACUUACCUUGGUAUAAUGAUGAUUUAAAACAUCAACCUUGGGACACUGGCGACCUCAAGUUUAAGAAAUCUCAACAAUUAUCCGAAAAAGAUUUACCUCAACAAAACUCCUCAGAAAAUCGGUUACCUUGGGAUGACGAUCACCCUAGUCAAAACGAAAGUGUACCUUCGGAAAAUGAGCACUCUAAACAAAAUGAAAAUUUACCUUGGGAAGAAAAUCAACAAAAUGAAAAUUUACCUUGGGAAGAAGAUCAACAAAAUGAAAAUUUACCCUGGGAUGUGAACCAAAAUAAUUCAAAUCAGCUGGGAACAAAAUUACCUUGGGAAGACCAACAAAAAGAUACCCACUUUUCGCCAUUACAAGAAAAUAAACAAGAACUUGGAUUUGAGCAAAGUGACGAUGUAAAGUUGCCUUGGGAUGAAGGUGAAGAUAACCAGCAAAAACCAAAAUCUGCCCAAGAAUCUGAAAAUAAACUACCAUGGGAGCAAGGUCAAUCACAUGAAGUUAUAGAUGAAUCCCAAAGCCAUGAACGUAAGGGGGAUCUUACAGAAGAAAAAUUGGAUGCUUUAUUUGCUGACGAUAAUGAUGACGUUUUCUUCUCUAAGGGUGCAUCUAAAUCGGAUAAUGAGCAUUUUGAUACUGAUAAUAAAGACCUUGAACAAAAAGAGAGCCUCACCAAUGAUAAAAGUAUAAAUGACUUGUUUGACAGUAAUGAUGAGUUUACCAUCAAAUCUUCAAAAGAUAUUUCUCGAACCGAUAGCAAUGGUCUCAUAAAAGAUGAAACUAGAAAGUUCGAUAAAACUUUGAGUGGCUCUAAAGAUAAACCUUCUCUUGAUUUUCUAUUAGAUGAUGAUCUCUUAUUAGAUGAAGAUCAAUUGGCUCUGACAGCUGCAAGUUCAAAAUCAAGCGUAUCUCAAAAAGAACAACUUCCUAAACAUACCUCUUACCAACCAAAGAAAGGUCCUCAUCAUUCUUAUGUUCCUCAUAAGCCUUCUGUUUCUUCUGGCCACAAAUUGCCUCCAAAAGCAAGCGAUUCUCAACAAUUUGUUAAGAAUUUGGAAGCCUCCAAAAAGAAAAAUGAUGCUUAUGAUUUCCCUGAUUCUUUAAUCACUCAGAAAAUCAAGCCUGCUCCAAGGCAUGAAAACAAAUACGCUCCUUCAGCUAGCUCGUCCAGUCAUUCUCUUCCUCCACCCAAACAGAGAAUUUCUUCAAACCAUUCCUCUCCUGUUAUGCCACCACCAGCUAGACCGGGAAAUAGCCUGAGAUCUUCGUCAACAUCUUCUCACCCUUCGUCUAAGCCUAAGGCUUUUUUCGAGGAGUUACCAGUGCAAUUACCAAAGGCAGGUGCUAGGCCAGCUCGAGCAGCUGCUCCAGUUAAAACUGCAACACCAGUUUCAAAUGCUUCCCCAGGUCUAGUAAAACCUCAAUUAAGUGCAAAGGUUAAGUCACCUGUCAAUCCAUACGCAAAAUUGGGUCCUCCCCCACAAGCUCCUAAUCAGGUACAUGGUUCUGUCCUUCCUCCCAAUCAACCUAUUGGUAGUGUUCCCCCAGCUGGUGGAUUGCCUCCUCCACCAAUGGGACAACCAAUGGGACAACCAGGUACAAUUCCCCCACCAAUGGGACAACCAGGUACAAUUCCCCCACCAAUGGGACAACCAGGUAUGGCCCCGCCUCCUGCAGGCCAAACUCAGUUUGGAUCUCCGUCUAUGGGCCAAACAAGUAUGGUUCCCCCUUCUGCCAAUCCUCCAGCCGUUGUACCUUCUGCUGCUGGUCAAGCGCAUUCUAGAAAUAACUUUGGUUUUCCUAAUGUCCAAAACCAGUCGCAAUCGCAAACAUUUCCUUCGGUGCAACCAAAUAAACCUACUUUGAAUACAAAUGUACCAAGAUCUCAAAAUAAGGGCUCCGCUACCAGUCCAUAUGUUCCCAAUGUUGGACCUUAUGCUCCAAAUAGCCAUAGACGGGGUCAUUCGAGAGCUAGCUCUUUAGUGGGUGGAAAAGGAAAAGAAAUCAAUCCAUAUGCUCCGCUCAUUCCUGAGGGCCAACCUCAACCUGGAUUACAGGGUUCAGUUCCUCCCCCAGUGCAAGGGUUUCCACCAAGGCUGUUUAGCCCAAACAUUCCUCCUGCUUCAAACAAUCAUGCAGGGGUAAUGCAUCCGAUCAAUAGAUCUCGUGGUGUCUCUAAUCCAAAGUCAAGUAUUUAUCAUAAGCAAUCCCCUCCACCUGCACCAAAGAUUACAGAUCCUAAUGCACUUUUGCGUAGACAAUUUCCAAUUUUCAAUUGGGGACCUUCUCAAAAUAUUGUUUAUCUAGUGCCAAGCACUCCAAGCAAUGCAUUUGAUCAUAGUGUUGGCUCUUUGCAAGUCAAAGCAGUUUCGGAAGCUUUACCAAAUAAAGAUUUUUUCUCUACUUUCCCUGGCCCUUUGAGCAAGAGUAAGUCCAAAAAGAAAGACAUUGAAAAAUGGAUUGAGACCAAUAUUGAAGUUAUUAAAAACAAAGGAAACUCCUUUGGAACAGAUGAGUUGUUGUUAAACGAAGUCUUAUUGUCCUUAAUCAAGUAUGAUGGCGAUAUUCACUCUUCUGAAUUCGUCAAGUCAGUUUGUGGUGCUAUCAAUCCCACCGUAGAUUAUAAUCAACCAGCAGAUAAUAACUUCGGUCACUCAUUGAAUAUUACGGCUAAUGCUUACAGACUCGACAAUUCUGGGGUAAAUACUGUAUGGGGAUUAUUACAGUCAGGAAAUACGGAAACAGCAUUGAACUUUGCUUUGUCAAGGGGUGACUGGUCAUUAUCAUUAAUUAUUUCUAGUUUUAUUGGAUCCGAGAAAUUUGCUAAGACUGCUUCUGAUUAUGCAAGAAAUCUUUUCCCAUUUCAAAAGUCACCCAAUAAGGUUUUGCAUUUGAUACCAAUCUUGUUAAAAGUAUUUGCUGGUAACUCAAAAAGCGUUAUUGAAGAUUUUAGAAAUGUCCCUUCAGAAGGCGAUUGGGCAUCAUUGAAUUAUAGGGAUAUCAUCGCUGCGGUGUAUAUCAAUGGUUCAUCAAGAUGCUUGGAAUUUUUAUCGGAAUUUGGUAACUACUUGUCUUCUAUUGAAAAUUUCAGUGCCAGUGAAGUGUGCUACAUACUAGCAGGAUUUCCAAUGUCUAACAUUCCCAUGAAUAAUGGUAAGGCUUUCACUUUUGUUGGCUCACAGACUCUGACUUCAUUAUACAGCGAAAUUUAUGAAUAUUCUUUAAAAUCCGCUCCUAAUGCUUCUGUACCAGCAGCUGGCUUUCCUCAUUUAUUAAUUCUCAAACUCAGACAUGCACAGUUAUUAGCUGACUACGGUUUGUUCAAUGAAUCUCAAAAAUACUGUGAUGCUAUUGGUGCCAACCUUAAAUCUAUGGGUAAAACAAAUUUCUUUGGACCUUCUGCGUUUCAUGAAUUUCAGACUUUACUAAUGAGAAUCUCAGAAUCAAAUACUCCAGAUGGUGGGUGGUUUGACAAUAAGAUUAGCAGAGUAAACUUGAACAAAUUUUGGGGCCAACUUGAUAAGUUUAUAGGUGGAGAUGAGCCUAAGGCGAAAAGCAAUGAAAGUGGUCCAUUUAGUAAGUUCAGUCCAUCAGUCUCAAGGACUGCAUCUACUAUCGAUGUAACAGCCAUGCCUCAAACAUCACCUCGUGUGGUAAAUGAUUUUAGAGAUGGACUUGCUUCUGGUUCAGCACCAUCUUCCUCUACAGAUAUGAUUUAUGGGGGCUUGUUAGGGCUGUCCCGCCCUCCAAUUGUUUCUAACCCUUCGAAUGCGUCUGUUUCUAAGUACUCACCGUCACCAUCUGGAAACGUUUAUACCAAACAGACAGUACCGGCAAUUCAGCGCUCUGAGCAGCACCAACAGUCUCCUUUGGCUAAUCUUCAACAAACCCCAGCACCUCCUCCACCAAUUUCAUCUACCCUUGCAUCACCAGGUAAUUCACGCUACCAACCAUCCAAUGCAUCAACCCAUAGUUUGCAAUUGAAUGAUUCAACUAAUGACGGAUUAUUACCACCUAAAAAGGCUCAAUCUAAGUAUUCUCCGGUUGCACAGAAGUCGAAUCUUGGUUCCGCACGAAGCUAUCCGUAUUCUAACAAAGCAGCCCAAUCGUCGACUCUGUCAAUUGCUUCUCAUAUAAGUAUUCAGCCAACCCCUGGAACUAUACCACCUCCUGUUGCAGUUACAGGGCCUUCUGGCUCCCAAAAACGCCCUUCAAUCGGUAGUAUUAUGUCUGGAGACAUUCAGAAUGAUGGAUCUAGUCAGCACAUUCAUCAACACCAAAGAAAUCUCUCAGACCAAAGUGACAUCAGUUUGGAUUAUCCGCUGGAUUUCAAAUCAACUCCCAAAAAGUUGGGAGGAGGUUUCCAUGAUUAUGCUCCCGAGGAAAAGAAGGAGCCAGAGCAUAUCCCCGAGACAAUUAAAGAAUCUCCUGAAAAGGAAGCUCUGCAAUUCAGCAAUUCUAAGAACAAUUUGACUGACUUCACAUUGGAUGAAAAGAAAGUUGAAGCUCACGAAAUUCCUGCACCAUAUGAACAGGCUCCGCUAUCUCAAACAAACGAAGAACUCUAUACAGAAUCUGAAAGUGGUUCAAGAACAGAAGCAAGUGUGCCACAAAUGACUUCAGUACCACAACGUAUUCUGCAACCACAAGAACCUUCCCAGGAACUUGUAUCGGAACAAGAUCCUCAAGAACUGUCAACUAGAGCCCCUGAUGCAAGUUUGGCAGAAUCAGUGAAUAAAGAAGAGAUGUCCAGUACCUCUAUACAGCCUUCCAAGGCUGCUCCACCCCCUCCACGAGGUCCGGCUUUAAGAAGCUCGAAAGCUAAAGUUAAUCCAUAUGCACCAGGUGGUGCAAAUAGACAGACAAGACCAAGUAGGUAUAGUUCUUCAACUAAGGGAGCUAGUAAAUAUAGCGCUGGAAGCUCUAACAACAGUUUAUAUACUGGGCCGGUUGAUAAUGUUUCGUAUGGUGAUUUAUUCGGGUACAAACAGAAGGAUGAGAAACCUUUGGUUAAUAAUGACGGCCAGGGAGAUGCUUCCAGUACAUUGAAUCCACCGUCUGCUAUGAACACACAACAAAACGGUGGUGAAGCUGCUACUCUUUCUAAUCAAAUUCAACCAGAAGAAAAUUCUGAUCACCAUGCACUAAAUAUUCCUCAAAGUGGCAACUUUUCUGGUGCCUCAAGGUUUGAGCCUCCAACUUCUAUCAGUGGAAAUACUGGAAACACUAACGUGGAUGAAAGUUUUGAGACGGAAGGAAAUGUGACAACUGAGUCUGAACCCGUUCCAAUACAGACACCACGGGCCAGAUCUUCUUUAUUAUUGAAUACUGCGGUCUCACCGGGACAACCAGGAAGGGAAGCUUUAUUCAAUCCCUAUCAAGGAGAAAGAAGACCAUCUGGGUUUGGCCUUAAUCAAGGGUUUGACGACUUUCCAAUUCCAGGUUCACCUGAGUUGACAACAAGAGCCAAUUCGGUUAUUGGUGGUCCUGGUGGAUUAUAUUCGUCAAGACUUUCACAGUCUCAACAAUCUGCAUUGUAUCAACAAUAUGAAGUCCAAGAUGACACUGUUAGAGAUUAUGUCCCUGUACCAGAAGACGAUGAAGAUGAAGAAGAUGAUGCUUCUGCGAGAGCAGAAAGACAGAAGAGAGAAGAGGAAGCCAGAGUGGCAAGAAUUGAAGCAGAUAGAGCCAGACAACUGGCCAGUGCGGCUGCAAGAGAUAGGGCUACAGCAUCUAGUGGAGGAGGUAGUUGGUUUCCAUGGUUAAAUAAAAAAGAUGAAAACAAACCUAUUAGGGCUAAAUUAGGAGAAAAGAACAAAUUCAAGUAUGACGAAAAAUUAGGCAGAUACAUUGAUACUACGAGACCAAUUGAAGAACAGUUGGCUCCAGCUGCACCACCACCUCCACCAAAGAAAAAGGCAGUUCCACCUGGUCCAACCUCAAGAGGAAGUUCUGUGCCAUCUGAACCGCCAUCUGGACCGCCAUCUGGACCACCAUCUGGACCGCCAUCUGGACCACCAUCUGGACCGCCAGCGGGAGCACCGGUAGGAGCACCAUCGGGGCCACCGAUUGGACGUGCAAUGGGCGGUCAACCACCAGCUGCUUCAGCAGGGCUACAACUGGAUGCUCCUCCACCAAAGCCAAAGGCCAAUGUACCUAAUUUAGCUACUGCAGGGUUGGAUGACUUAUUAUCGCUUGGUAAUGGAUCCGGAAGCAGUGUUGCUACAAGCCGUAAGACUAAGAGAGGUGGCCGUCGUGGUUAUGUUAACGUUUUAGAACAAUAAUAUUGACUGAUUUUCACAUUUAAAUGAACAUAAAACUUAAAAAAAAACAAACACAAAUUCAUUUAUUAUAAAAACAUAAAAUUGCAUCUUGUAUUCAUAGUAAUAAAAC